AUGCUGGCCCCCCGCUCCGCUCACCCCAUCCGCGAGUCCGCUCCCGCCCAUGCCCCCAACCCCCCCCCACCUCCUCGGGACGCCCCCGUCCUGCUCCCCGCGAGGAGCAGGACCGGGUUCGUUGCUGGGCCCGGGGGCUCUCCCAGGAGGGGCGCGCGGCUCAAGACAACCCCCGCCGCCAGCGCCGAGGCCAAGGGUAUGUGCACACAUGACGAUCGAACGAUUGAAUCUUAA